ACUUCGCGGUCUCACUUUACUAAUCUAUCGGUCAUCACUAAGGGCAAAAACGUAAACAAAUCUAAAAUUACAAUUAUUGUCGGGAAAAUGGAUUACAUUUGGUGGCUAUCGAUGUCCUAGCCAAGCGCUCCCACCCAACCAUGGAUGCCAUAAAGAUGCUGCAGGGCACCACCCAUUCGCUGUCGGCAGGAGCCCCCUCCUCGCGACUACGGCGGUUCCAUCUCCCCCACUGGGAAAGAUUACUCACACAUCGUGUGUAUUACAAAGGUUUUAAUAAAUAUCCCUUUAAGACCGGUCAAAGCAGAGGAUUUUGUUUGGCUGGAAAAGGGUACAGGCGCCGCGGGAAUUAUGCUCUACCAGCCAUGUAUUGGUAGAGCUCGCAUGGAAACGCGGCCUCAAGGGAACAUGCGCGAUGCGCGUGUGUAUGGUCACCUAAUCCUGAGGAGCUCCAAGGGAAAAGAAGGGACAGGCCAAAAAGGCAAACAACGAGGACAAAUAAGGCUCUCGGGUCUAACUCCGGAUAAAUUCACAAACAGGGAAGUAGAUAUCUAUAUAUAUAUAAUCAAGGUACACGUGUAUUUAAUUUUGCUAAAUUUCAGCCACUAUUGGGCCGGGCCUGGAGGCAAUGAUAGCCCGGGCGGAAGGCUUCUCGCCGGAGGCCAGCAGUGAUCCGGAUCUCAACACAGGAAAAAGGCGCUCUCCGGUGAGUUAUGCAAUGACAGUCCGAGAUUCGGCUGCCAGACAAAUGGCGAUUCUUCUCAGCGCCGCAAUGCGACCGCUGGAAGUUCCCGAGAGGAGGAUGACGCGGUACUCCGGAACGGACUCACCGGGAAAUGUGGACGUCGUCGUCGACUGGGAAAGGCCCUUCUUGCUGGUCGCUGAUACGGGUCGAACGGACACCGUUUGCUGGGCCGCCAAGUCGGGCUGGCAGCUGAAUCUGCCUUGAUUGUAGGACAGUAUGGCCGCGACUAUCACGGUAUCUGCUGAUCAUCGCCCCCGCCAUAUUACAUGGCCUCUCUCAGCAUUGGGUCAUUGGAUACAUGGGCCAUUUGAAGUAAUCCCAGAGCGAACCGGGAUUAAUCUUCAAAUGGCCAGAUCGCCCGCCAGACUCAUCCCGCUGCUGCAGCUAUCGCCCUAUCGACCUAAACUAUCGAUAACGUCGCUCCCACUCGACUCCAAUUGCAACAAAACUUUCCCGAUGGUAUCUUGAUUAGACAACGUAUUAGGCACCACCGCUACAAGGGUUUGGUAACUAUCUAUAUUCAAGCCACAUCAAUAAAAAAAAAGACUGGAUAGUGGUAACCAACUUACUCUAGGUGCUGUUUACUGACCCCCUCGUUUUAUUGUAAUUGAAGGUGAGUUUAUGCAGUUCUUUAACUCAUUAGGCGAGCAGUUCAUCGCACACACUGGGGAUCUCGUGACUCCAAAAGAAAAGCAGCUUUAUAAUGCAAUCAUAAAAGCCAGCAACAAGCUUGACCAACAUAACAGACCCAAAAUAAAAAGACUUAAUUGACUUGGCAAUAACUAAAAACAUUCAUAGGAUCCUGAUUAGCGCCGAAAGUUUUUCGGAUCUUUGAUCUGAUCACUCGCCUGUGCUGAUUAAUCUACUACGUCAUCCAAUAACCGAAGAUCAACCAACUUUUGUAAACCAAAACAAAAACAAUUAAGUACGCAUCUGGGUUUGCGCUGCAAAAAAAUAAAGGGAAAUUUAUAAAAAAGCGUUUAGGUAUUAGCUACCGCAUAUAUA